AUGUUCAAAGCGGCAAGUCGUAAUUGGAGAAAUGUGUAUCAGAUUCUUUCCGGUCGUCAGGAUCCUUCAACUGUUGUCUUCAAGGGCACAAAGGAAUAUUAUAUACAGUUAUAUUCCUAUGGCAGCAUGAACAACAGCAUGCGCUUAGCAAAUUAUCUGAAGGUGUUAGUGGUGAGACACCCACUAGAGAGACUCGUGUCGGCGUACAAGGAACAAGUUUUGUUUCGGCAUUUAGGUCCCAGAGUGAAAACUUAUAUGAACCAGCAAUAUAAGAGGAACAUUACUUUGCAAAAACAUAUUUCCUUUUCGGAUUUCCUGCAGUAUAUAGCGGACAAUGGACCAAACAAUGCCCACUGGGCUUUGGUCGAGGAUUUUUGCAAACCCUGUGACGUUCAGUAUGAUGUCAUCGUUCAUCAUGAAGAUCUUUCGACCGACGCGCCUAAUGUCAUGCGUCUACUUGGCGCCGAACACUUGAUAGCACAAUUCCCGUCAUCUCAUCGCGAGAUCGAGGUCUACCACAACGAGACUCUCAUACAAAAAUACUACAGCGGGAUAGAUAGAAAACUGCUUCAAAAGGUCUGGGGUAUUUACAAAGAAGAGGCAAGCUUCCUCGGAUAUGAAUUAGAUCUUUGA